AGUUCGGAGCGAGCAAGCUCGAGCCUGUCGGUGUGCCGGAGCAGAGCAAUGUCUAAAUCAAAGGAACUUGUUUUUUCAAGCUCUUCUGGUAGUGAUUCUGACAGUGAAGUGGACAAAAAGUUAAAGAGGAAAAAGCAAGUUACUACAGAAAAGCCUAUAAAAAAGCAAAAGACAGGUGAGACUUCCAGAGCUCUGGCAUCUUCUAAGCAGAGCAGCAGCAGUAGAGAUGAUAACAUGUUUCAGAUUGGGAAAAUGAGAUACGUAAGUGUUCGGGACUUUAAAGGAAAAGUUCUAAUUGAUAUUAGAGAAUAUUGGAUGGAUCCAGAAGGUUAAAUGAAGCCAGAGAAAGGUAUUUCUUUAAAUCAGGAGCAAUGGAAGCAGCUGAAGGAACAGAUUUCAGAUAUUGAUGAUGCAGUAAGAAAACUGUAA